AUGGCCCCCCAUACUGCUGCCAGUGGUAAUAAAAUGCGCACACCUCAAAAACAGCUAAAACAAAGAACAAUAGAAGAACUAUUCAGAACUCCUCUAACAAAGAAACCAGUCAACACUAUAAAAAGCGCACCAAAGAGUGCACCCAUAUCUCUUUUCAAUUCAAAGACAAAAAGUUCGGCAGAAAAUUCAAAGAUAAAAAAUGUAGGAAUUCGUGGUGUUGGUGGGGAUGGUAACAUUGGUUCACCUCUUUGUCAGGGUAUGUCCAUGUCCACCGGUUUACCCUGUAAACGUCCAGUGAUAGCCGAUAAUUAUUGUUAUCAACAUAAAGUUCAAAUUGAUGGCCAAGGCACCUUUGGUAUAAGGAAAAAUAUUGUGUCUUCUACAUCAACACAGAUUACACGUGAGGAAAACCUUAAAACAAAGAAAAAUAAAGAAAUCCGUGAUAAGGAUAAAUCACAAAAAAAAUUGGAUUUUGGAGCAAAAAAGGACUCACCAAGUACCACUGUGAUAAUGAUACGAUUAGAUAAUAAUGUUGAAGUCAAAAUAACGCAAUCGAGUGGAAUCAUGGAAUCAACGGAAAUUAUUCAAUCCGAUAUUAAGGAAGAUGGAUCAACUGAAGUCACUCGAUCCGAUAUACCGGAAGGCGGAUCAACGGAAAUUACUCAAUCAGAUGCCGCCGAUGUUGAAGUGCGUUUACCUCUUGAAAGUCCCGCUUUCCCUGAUGACAGUUUUUUAGAGACAACAAAUAAAGAGUUUUUCCGAACUCCAGCUUUCGUGACACCAUCGAACGAUUUGGAAUUGGCACCUUUACUUUCUAUUUCACCAACUAUCACGAAUAACCCCCUAUAUUUUGAACCAAUAAUUAUAAGUGAUGAAGAGGAUUCUCCAUCACCCCCAAUUUUGACUCCAGUAAGAAAUCAAAAAUCUUCCAAAAAGCAUCAAACAUCCAGUAUACCUUCCAAUAAGACAUUACAUAAUGUAAAUAAUGUUGGAUCUGGAUCAAUAACUCCCACACGUUCGAGGAAUCAAAUUCACAUUGAUCUCACUACCGAUUCACAUUCGUCAUUUAUUCCGAUUUCUCCAUCAAGAUCUUACGAACAAACUUUCUGUCGAGGAAAAAAUAUUAGAAAUAAUAAAAAAUGUCCUCAUAAAAUCAAGCUUGGAGAGCAAUAUUGUCAACAUCAUAAACAGAUAAUGUUAGAACAAGCUGAGAUCGAAAGAGCCCUCUUUGUUCCUGGAAGAUCAAAAAUAACGUGGGUUAGAUUUAAAGAAACAAAACGUUUAUUAAUAUCUGAAAUGGAAAAACCAAUAUCUGACAAGGAUGAAGCCGGUUUUAUAUAUGCUUAUAGAUUGGUCGAAGUUGGACGAACCUCAAAUGUCCCUCGUCGAUUAUAUCAAUGGUCCAAACAUUGUGGUUAUACACCUCAAUUGAUCGAACUUUUCCCCGACGUGAACUUAUCAAGUUCAUUUUCUUCACAGGAAUCAAUGUUGGAUUCAAUUUUUGGGGAACUGAGUUUAUCGAAUGAAGAAAGUUCGGAAAAACUUUCUAAAAUUAUUAAAUGUAAAUAUACACAUCGAGUUGAACGAUUGAUUCACAUUGAAUUAAGUGAAAAAUAUAGGGCAGAUGUAGAGAUUUGUUCGGGAUGUGGUACUAUUCAUCAAGAAUGGUUUAAAGUAAAUGAGUCCUUUGAUGAUGAUAGAAAAAAUCAUGGGUGGGAAGAGAUCAGAAAGGUUAUCGUUCAUUGGAUAACUUAUGUGGAAAAAAUUUAUGAAAAUCGAUUACAUGUGAAAUACAUUUGA